AUGUUCUAUAUCCGAGGCUGUGGCCGCCGGCUCGCGGCUUCCCUCACCAAACAGCACCUUGCGUCGGCCCGGUUCGGCGGUGACAGCGCGGCGCCCUGGACCCCGCACUUCGACGUGGUGGUCAUCGGCGGAGGACACGCAGGGACCGAAGCCGCCGCCGCAGCAGCUCGGUGCGGCUCCCGGACUCUGCUGCUGACGCACCGGGUGGACACCAUCGGUCAGAUGUCCUGUAAUCCUUCCUUUGGCGGCAUUGGAAAGGGGCAUUUAAUGAGGGAAGUCGAUGCCUUGGAUGGCCUGUGUUCUCGAAUCUGUGACCAGUCUGGUAUACAUUACAAAGUAUUAAACCGGCGCAAGGGACCAGCUGUUUGGGGUCUGAGAGCUCAAAUUGAUAGGAAGCUUUAUAAGCAGAAUAUGCAGAACGAGAUCCUCAAUACACCGCGGCUUACUGUUCAGGAGGGAGCUGUGGAAGAUCUCAUUCUUACAGAACCAGAGCCUGAGCACACUGGGAAAUACCGUGUCAGUGGCGUGGUUUUGGCGGAUGGAAGUACAGUAUAUGCAGAGAGUGUGGUUCUGACUACUGGGACGUUUCUGAGAGGCAUGAUUGUAAUCGGAUUGGAGAUGCAUCCAGCAGGACGUUUAGGGGAUCAGCCUUCCAUAGGGUUGGCUCAGACUCUGGAGAAGUUGGGGUUUGUGGUGGGAAGAUUGAAGACUGGGACUCCACCCCGAAUCGCCAAAGAAUCGGUUAAUUUCGGCAUUCUAAACAAGCAGACACCAGAUAAUCCAUCCAUACCGUUCAGCUUUAUCAAUCAGACAGUGUGGAUUAAGCCAGAAGAUCAGCUGCCAUGUUACUUGACUCACACUAACCCUCGAGUGGAUGAGAUUGUCCUUGAGAACCUUCACCUUAACUGUCACGUUAAGGAAACUACAAGAGGACCCCGAUACUGUCCCUCCAUUGAAUCAAAGGUCUUGCGUUUUCCAAACCGUGUGCAUCAGGUUUGGUUGGAACCUGAAGGAAUGGAUUCCGACCUCAUCUACCCCCAAGGGUUAUCUGUGACACUGCCAGCUGAAUUACAGGAGAAGAUGAUCACCUGCAUCAGAGGCUUGGAGAAUGCUAAAAUGGUUCAGCCAGGCUAUGGUGUUCAGUAUGAUUACAUGGACCCCCGGCAGAUCUCUCCUUCUCUCGAGACUCAUUUGGUACAGCGGCUCUUCUUUGCUGGACAGAUAAAUGGCACUACUGGUUACGAGGAAGCUGCAGCUCAAGGCGUGAUAGCUGGAAUCAAUGCAAGUCUUCGGGUCAGACACAAGCCUCCUUUUGUCAUUAGCCGAACAGAAGGUUACAUAGGAGUCUUGAUUGAUGACCUCACCACGCUGGGCACCAACGAACCAUACCGCAUGUUUACCAGCCGAGCCGAGUUCCGGUUGUCACUGCGUCCUGAUAACGCCGACAGCAGGCUCACAUUCCGAGGGUAUAAGGAAGCUGGUUGUGUGUCCCAACAACGAUAUGAGAGAGCUUCUUGGAUGAAGUCUUCUUUAGAAGAAGGCAUUUCUAUGCUAAAAUCCAUUGAGUUUUUAAGUACUAAGUGGAAAACCUUAAUUCCAGAGUCUUCUAUAAGUAGUGGUAAAAGUCUGCCUCUCAGAGCUCUUGAUGUUCUGAAGUAUGAGGAAGUUGACAUGGAGUUGUUGGCCAGGGCUGUUCCAGAGCCCUUGAAGAAGUACACCCAGUGUAGAGAGCUGGCCGAAAGACUGAAAAUAGAAGCCACUUAUGAAUCAGUAUUGUUCCAUCAGCAACAAGAAAUAAAGGAAGUUCAGCAAGAUGAAGCUCUCCAACUGCCAAAGGACCUAGAUUAUUUGACUCUCAAGGAUAUAUCUUUGUCCUAUGAAGUUCGAGAGAAGCUCCAUUUCAGUCGCCCACAGACGAUUGGGGCUGCCAGUCGUAUACCUGGAGUGACACCUGCUGCCAUCGUCAACCUGCUGAGAUUUGUGAAGACCACUCAGCAAAGACAGGCAGCUAUGAAUAGGUUGCCCAGAACUGAUCAACAGUUAUGUGAUACAGACAGACUUGAAGAGAGUCAGCUAUAG